AAGGGUAUGCAUGACAAUUAAUUAUUGUUCCCACGUAUAGCUGGUAGAAUUUCAUGAUGAAGGUUUUGGUAGUUGUUCUCGCUUUAGCUGUGGCAGUUUCUGCCGAUAUUGAUUAUGAGACCAAGAGGAGGGCUCUGCAGAAUCCUGAUCUGUACGAUGGUGACAUGGCAGGAAUCAAUGGUCCAUUCGACGCCGAGCGUAAUGCUAUUCCAGGACAGCACUACAGAUGGCCUGGUGCCAAAGUACCCUACGUGAUUGAUUCCUCUCUUCAAUCCAACACUGGUUUCAUCCAGAGGGCUUUCCAGAACUACCACCAGACUACUUGUGUGCGCUUCGUCCCAAGGACCAAUGAAAACGAUUACAUCAGGAUCUUUGCUGGACAAGGUUGCUAUUCUCACGUCGGAAGGACUGGCGGUCAGCAACCAGUUUCUCUUGGCAACGGAUGCGCUUUCGUGGGAACGGCCAUUCACGAAUUUGGACACGCUCUCGGAUUCUACCACGAACAGAACAGGUCUGACCGAGAUGAUUAUCUCAUCAUUUACGUCAACAAUGUCCAGAAAGGCAUGGAAUUCAAUUUCGCCAAGUUGGCUCCCAGCCAGAACAUUCUUUACACAACUUUCGAUUAUGGAUCCAUCAUGAUCUACGGUAAUGAUGCUUUCUCCAAGGAUGGAUCUCCCACUAUGGUCGCCAAGAACGGACAAAGACUGCUCAACCCCUUUGACAAGCAGGUCAUGACACAGUCCGAUGUGACUCGAGUCAGGAAGAUGUACAACUGCUAAAUAAGUUGCCUUAUGUGUUCUUGUGAAUGUGCCUUUUAAUUAAAAAGAAAAAAAAACAUAA